UACGGGCGGCAUUUAGCUGCAGCCCGGAUGCAACCGGCUUCAGGAAAACGACACGUGUAUUCUGUCAGGUUAAACAAACUUGCAAACAUAAUUUUAACGAGCUAUGGAACACCUGCCGUCUCACAACUCCUUAUACAAUGAUAAAGACUAUUGGGAUGAACGGUAUAGAAUCGAGGAUUCAUUCGACUGGUUUGGAGACCUCUCUAGUUUCAAGCAUUUAUUGGAUCCACACAUAGGUUCAGCUGACCGGGUCCUCGUACUUGGCUGUGGAAACAGCACUCUGAGUUUUGACUUGUAUUGUUCUGGCUUCACCAGCAUCACCAAUAUAGACUACUCUUCAGUGUGUAUCAGCACCAUGGCUGCCAAACAUCCCAACUGUCCAGGACUGGAGUGGUAUCAGAUGGAUGCCCGUAAAUUGAGCUUUUCUGACAGCUGCUUUGAUGUAGUUCUGGAGAAGGGUACACUGGAUGCCAUGAUAGCAGAUGAGAGAGAUCCCUGGAAUGUGUCCCCUGAAACAGCAAAAACUUUGCAGUGUAUUCUAAAAGAGGUUAGCAGGGUGCUUUGUCCAGGUGGCCGCUUUGUUUCAAUCACGUUUUCCCAACCUCACUUCCGUAAGCGCCACUAUGCCAGGAGAGAAUUGGACUGGUCUAUACAGCACUACAGCUAUGGCAGUGGCUUUCACUACUUCAUGUAUGUUAUGACCAAAGGGGAGCCACUUUCCCCUCAAGAUUCAGAGCUAGAAGACAAGCUGUUGAAGGCCACCUGCCCUUCACUGACACCCUGCCUCGAGGGAUCUGAUUCAGAGGACUACCUCAACAACAUUGAAUUAUGACUUGUUUUCAUCUGUACUGCCAAGGGACCGUAUUGUGCACCAACACCACUCAGGUUGCCAGGCUUUUUAAAGCAAAGUAUUUUAGAGAGUUAUUUUUUUAUGAACUCUAAAAUAUUUUUUCAGAUGGUGAGUCCUGUUUGUGGGAGCACUCCACUGCAUUUCUGUGACUUGUGUUCCUUAUGAACUAAACUAAGCAAAGCA